CUUUUAGGAAUAGACAGGGAAAGGCAGGAACAAGCGGAAACGUCGGCAGAGUUUGGAGCCUAAUGAAAUGGCUGCCUAUGCUCAUAUUUCCAAAUUAGCACAAAGCCAUCCUGCUACAGAGUUGAGGAUUGUGUUGAUAGGAGGAAGAUUAAAUGGAAGUCUAAGUGGUAAAAGUUCAGCUGGAAACUUCAUCCUGGGUCAAAAUGUUUUUGACACCAGCAGAAGAACAGCUCAGAGUGAAGCGAGGCAGAAGGAAGUGUUCGGCAGACGAGUCACAGUGGUUGAUACUCCAGGAUGGUGGUGGAUUUGGCCUAAAGAAGAAACUCCCAAACUGGAUCAGAUAGAAAUCCAGAACAGUGUCCAUCUGUGUCCCCCAGGACCUCAUGUCUUUCUGCUGGUCAUUCCUGUUGAUUUAUAUUUACCACAGUGGGUCAAAGCUUCACUAAAGCAGCACCUGAAACUUUUCAAUGUAGAUGUUUUCUGUCACACCAUCGUGCUGAUCACUGCAGUCGCUCCAUGUAGUGAUGAAGAGGUAGAAUCCAGAAUCAACACAAGUCCAACCCUGAGGUGGAUUCUUCAACAAUGUGAAGACAGAAAACAUUUUCUCAACAUCAGUGACAGAGACGAUAAAGAUCAAGUUAAGAUCUUGUUAGAGAAAAUUGAGACCCUGAUUAUAAUCAAUGGAUUCAGACACUGUUCUGUUGACAGAAGUCAAGGAGAAACUCUGAGAAAAGAAAUGACAAGUUUGACUGAAAGAGCCUCAAAAAGGUUUAAUCAAAUGCAGAAACAAAGAAGGAAACUCAGAGAGCUAUUUGAAGGUGGAAAAGUCCCUCCAGACCAUUUGAAAAUAGUGAUGAUUGGAGAUUCACUGGCUGGCAAGAGCUCAGCAGGAAACAUCCUGAUAAAAAAUGCAUUUCAUGUUAAUAAAAAUGGAAGAACAACAAUGCGCAGUGAAAUCAGUCAUGGUUUGGUUGAAGGAAGGCGGCUCACAGUGGUCGAUUCUCCUGGUUGGUUCUGCAUCAACACCCUUCAGGAAACCAGUGAGAUGGAUAAACUGGAAAUAGAGAACAGUGUGAAUCUGUGUCCUCCAGGACCACAUGCUGUGCUGCUGGUUAUUCCUGUGAUAAUAAACAUUGAUGAAUCAUAUCUGAGAUCUGUUCAGCAACACAUGAGUCUGUUUAGAGAAGAAAUCUGGAAACACACACUUGUUCUGUUUACCUAUGGAGACUGGUUAGGAGUGAAGACUGUAGAGGAGCGUAUAGAGAGUGAUGAAGGUCUGCAGUGGAUAGUGAACAAGUGUGAGAACAGGUAUCAUGUCCUGAACAACAAGGACCACAGUGAUAAGACUCAGGUAAAGGAACUACUGGAGAAGAUUGAAGAGAUGUGGGCAGGAAAUGAAGAUGAUCCUUACUAUGAAGUGGAGCUGGACCGAGCAGCAGAGCUAGAAACCAAGAGAGAGACUGGAGACAAGAUGGCCAGAAGGUUGAAGACGAUCAAUGAGAGAAAGACAAGAGUCCUGAAUGAGCUGAUUGGAGGUGAGAGCCAUCCAGUCACUGACAUCAGGAUUGUUCUUGUUGGCCAGAAAUGUUCAGGGAAAAGUGAAGUUGGAAACAUGAUUAUGUCCAAUGAAAAAUUUAAAAUGACUUCUGAGAGAGCUUGGUUGACAAACACCUACCAAGAACAUAGAGAAACUUCAACAUGUGUGAAACAUGAAGGAAACUUUGAUGGAGUAAAAGUCUCAGUUGUUGAAACUCCAGGCUGGUUCUCAGACCCAACACCACCUGACUGGAUCAAAGAUGAAGUUCUCCACAGUGUCUCCAUGUGUUCUCCUGGACCUCAUGUUUUUCUCCUGGUUGUUCUCAUCCUCAGGUCUUUCACAGAGAAAGAUCUCAAAGCUCUGGUGGAGAUCAUGAAGCCAUUAACAGAGAGAGUGUGGAGACACUGCAUGGUGGUUUUUACCUGGGGACACUGGCUCAGUGACCUCCCUGUAGAGAAUUACAUCGUCAGAGAGGGAAAGGAGCUUCAGGAGCUUCUGGAGAAAUGUGGGAACAGAUACCAUGUUCUAAACCCCAAUCGAUAUAGUGAUGCUGUUCAAGUCAAAGAGUUGUUCCAAAAAAUUAUUAAUAUGGUAAAACAAAACAAAGGAUGCUUUACAGCUGAAAGUGAACAAAAUACAUUUCUCAGUUUCCUUUGGCCACCAAAACAACCCACACUUACAGAAAAGGAAUGGAGCAGGAGAGAACAGGAGCUGGUAGAGAGAAUGAUGAAAGCUUUAGCAAUGGAACCAGAAGAACCAACAGAACCUGAUGUGAGAACAGCAGAGAGCAAAGAAGGUGGUCCUAACGUGAGUGGAGAUGUUGCCUCAGAUUAUGGGAGCAUUUCAGAGAACAGGAGACGACGAGGACAUGAUCAAGCUGCUGAAGGGCCGACUACCAGAGUUAGACCAUCAGAGAUCAGCUCUGGGAUCGGGAUCAUUUCUUCUUCAAACACUGACAUGGAAAACUUUGACGACAGUUCUGAAAUCAGAGAAUAUGCAAAUUCAAAAAAAUAAAGUAUUCACCUACCUAUUGGGUUUCUUCUGGAAAAAGAAGCAAAUAUUUAAAAAAAAAGUAUUUGCUUUACCUAAUAAAGAAACAGCUGACAUUUACUGAUGUUAA